CACCGGCGGCUGAGGGGAGCGCGUCCCGCCCUGGGGUACCGGCGGCUGAGGGGAGCGCGUCCCGCCCCGGCGAGCUCCAGCCGCCUUCUCUCCUCCAGUACAGCUCCUGCCGCCUUCGUUCCUCCGGUACUGCUCUGGGUUUUCUUCCCCUCCUCCGGUACAGCUCCUGCCGCCUUCCCUCCUCCGGUACUGCUCUGGGUUUUCUUCCCCUCCUCCGGUACAGCUCCUGCCGCCUUCCCUCCUCCGGUACUGCUCUGGGUUUUCUUCCCCUCCUCCGGUACAGCUCCUGCCGCCUUCCCUCCCCUCCAGCCGGACAAGCGGCUUUUCCCGCCGGGGCUUCGUGGAGUUUGCCUGGGGAAAGCCGGGAGCGAGGCACGGCCGGAUCAGAGGCUAAAAAUGGCACUUGGACACUCUGAAACCAAUGAGGUUCUAAGAAUUACUGCUGAGCAGGAGUGUGCCCUUGGUGGUGACGGCACAUCAGGAUCCAGGAUGAUGGACCAAAGCUUGUCAGCUCUAAUCACAGAGUAUGGAAAACAGGUGGAGGAAAUGAGAGAGCAGCUGCAGCUUUAUCAGGCACAAAUGGGUGGGAUGAAGAAAAAACUGGAAGAAGUCACCAAGGAAAAUGAAAGGCUGCAUGCAGAGUUGAAAGAGCCUCUUGAGAAGCAACUGGAGGCUCUUCCUUAUGUGCAUCUGGAAACUGAUAUUCCUGCAGAUGAAGGCACAGUGAGAACCCUUCAAGAGGAACUACGUGUGGCAAAGCAAGAGAAGGACCGGGCAGUUGAGCGCUGGCAGACGCUGUCCCAGGAGCAUGACCGCCUUCAGCAGCAGUACCAGGAGCGCCUCACCAGAACACACGUUCUCAUAGCUGAGAGGAAAAAGCAGAGUGAUCAGCUGAGUAGCAUUCAGCAGCUGACUCGCCAACUGCACGUGACCAAUCAGCAGUUUCUGAAAACUGUGACAGAACAAGAUGUGGAACUAGAGCAGCUACGAAAACAACUGAGACAAGCCAAAAUAGACGGGCAGGCAGCAAAUGCUAAGCUUGAAGAAAUGGUGGCAUUGAAAGAGAAGCUUCAGAGCCAGUUGGAGAGAAAGGAAGAAGACAGGAUGUCUGCCCAGGAGAGAGAAACAGCAUCUGACAAACGCUUGCAGCAAAUGCAGUCCAACAUAAAACAGUUGGAAAUAAGAUUGUGUGUGGCUGUUCAAGAUGCUGAGCAGCUGAGAACAGAAAAAGUAGCCCUGGAGGAACAGAUCAGAGAGCUUCAGGCCAAGUCUGCCAGUCUAGAAAGUGAGACAUAUGAUGCUGUUGCCAAAGUCCAAGAUUGCAUACAGCUCUUGGAAGAAGCUAACCUGCAAAAGAGUCAGGCACUCUUUGGGGAGAAACAAAAGGAGGAAGAGAUCAAAAAACUGCAGGAUGAAAUGUCUCAACUUGCAGAAAAUACUGCUGCAAGAAUUAGAAAGGAAGUAGACACUGCAAAGAAGCAAUGUAACAUGCAGGUUUCUCGGCUGACAGAAGAAGUUUCAGCUCUUCAGAUGGAAUGUGCAGAAAAACAAAGUCAAAUUGAACGAGCCAUUAGAGAAAAGAGAGCAGUGGAAGAAGAACUUGAAAAGAUUUACAGGGAGCACAGAGAGCAUGAAUCUGACAGCAGGAAGCUGGAGCAGCUGCAUCAGAAGUAUUUACUUGCAGAAGCUGCCAAGGAUGACCUGCAGCGGAGUCUGCAGGUGACACAAAAUAAACUGAAACAGCUGGAAAUGAACUCUGAGGAAGAGAAAUCCCGUUGCCAGGAAGUUAUCUGUAAAUUGCAAAGCACUCUGGAUUCAGAAAGAGAAAAGAGUUCCUUUGUCAGUGAACAAAGACUGAAACUUCAGCAGGAGAAUGAACAAUUGCAAAAUGAAAUGGAGGGUUUGAGAAAACUGGCAAUGGAGGCUCAAAAAAAAGCUAAAAUAAAGAUAAGCACAAUGGAGCAUGAGCAUGCAGUGAAAGAACAUGGGUAUGAAGCUCGGCUCAGGGAGAUGGAGGACACCAGCCACAAGUCCACCACUGAGCUCAGACGUCUCUUGGUAGCUCAGCAGAAGGCAACAAACAGGUGGAAAGAAGAAACAAAAAACCUCACUGAAACUGCAGAAGCCAGGAUCAGUAAGCUGAAAAGUGAGCUGCGUCAACAAAAACUCCGUAGCCAGGAGCUCAUUUCCCAGCUGGAAAUAGCAAAUGAGAAGGUAACUGAGGAUGAGACGCUGAUGACGGAGUAUCGGGAAUACAUCGACAGGCUUCAGAGGCGGCUGAGCCAGGCAGAACAGAGAGCAGCCACAGCAUCCCAGCAGCUCAGCCUGCUAACUACACAGAAUAAAAAAGCUGCUUCCCUGAAGGAUCUGGAAAAUAUUUAAACACGUGUUUUUAUCAUUCCUUUAUCAACUCCCACUCAUGUUGGGAGUUAGGAGGGUUGCUGGAGAAACUUCAUAUUGGAGCACUACAGUCAAAAGCACAGCAAGGCUUUUAAAACUUAAAAUUCUGGUAAGAAAAGGAGUGGAUGAAGGUCCUGUCUCUGUAUGCACAAUAAAGAUUGGAAGAAGCCU